CACAGGACGAUGGUCAAAUGAAGACUGUACUCUCAGUUUACCUUUCAUCUGUUAUGCAUCAGUGAGUAGACCUUCAACUUGUGUGGAGACUGGUUGUCCUUCAGGCAUGGACUGCCUCAGCAGUAACACAGCUGCUCAAUGUAUCGACCCCUGUAACAACUACAGCWUACUGAAUGAAACCUGGCGUUCAGUAAMUAACACAGACCAUACCAACAUACACUGUGACCGUAAUGUGAACUGGGRAGGCUGGUAUCGCUUAUAUCUGGGACAAUUCAAUGCUCAAAUUCCAGAGCAGUGUGUUGCAGAACUAAGUUGUGGAACUCAUGCUCCUCUGUGGAUAACAGAACCUCAUCCAACACAAACAAAUGUAAUAGUAAAUCGCWAUGUGUGUGGUKCCUGGAGUGGAUCCUGCUGCRCUUUUGUUUCAACCACAAUCCAAGUUAAACUCUGCUAUGGAUACUACUACGUCUACAAACUUGCAGCGCCAUCCACAUGUUCUCUUGCAUAUUGUGCAGCUCCUCAAGAUCUAGAACACUUAAGGGCAUCAUCCCAAAAUGAGACCAGCAUCACGUUGCAAUGGAAUAAAAUGAACAGCAGUGUCAGCUUUAUUCUCCAGUUUAAUAACUCAGAGAUAAACAUCAGUUCACCAGAUGGAGACGGAGCAGUAACGUACACAGUCUCAUCUCUCACUGCUGGAACUAAAUAUACCUUCACUCUCUUCUCUGUGUUUGAGAACGUCAGAAGCAGUGGGGUCCAACUUACAGCUGUCACUGUUCCUCUGAAUGCAAAUAGUUUCAACACUUUAGCCCAAACUGAGAGCAGCAUCACCCUGCAGUGGAAUAAAGUGAACGACAACAUUGACUUUGUUCUCCAGUUUAACAACUCAGAGACAACCAUCAUUUCACCAGAUGGAGACAGAGCAGUAACGUACACAGUUUCAUCUCUCACUGCUGGAACUAAAUAUACCUUCACUCUCUUUUCUGUGUUUGAGAGCAUCAGAAGCAGUGGAGUCCAACUUACAGCUGUCACUGCUCCUCUGAAUGCAAAUGGUUUCAAAGCUACUACUCAAAAUGAGACCAGCAUCACUCUGCGGUGGAAUAAAGUGAACAGCAGUGUCAGCUUUAUUCUCCAGUUUAAUAACUCAGAGACAAACAUCAGUUCAUCAGAUGGAGUCGGAGCAGUAACGUACACCGUCUCAUCUCUCACUGCUGGAACUAAAUAUACCUUCACUGUCUUCUCUGUGUUUGAGAACGUCAGAAGUAGUGGAGUCAGCAUCACUGCAGCUACAGGACCAAACUAUGUUUUAGUUAUGAACCUACGAUGGAAGUCUUUGAGCAAACUGUCAGAAACCGAGAUAGAAGAUGCUAUCGCAGAGCUCCUCCGACUGUACGGCCUGCCGCCAGAGCUUUCUGUGAAUGUUCGCUCUGUUAAAACCUGAGAUCAAUGGAAGGAAGUGAAGGAUGACAUUGAAAAGAAUGUCUGAGAGAAUUUUUUAAUAUGAAAUUUUAUUUUUUUGAAAUACAGAUUGUCAAAAUUAGCUUUGUAAACCUGCUAUGAUCUUGUUUAAGACAUUGAUUUCUCUGUGUUUUUCUUGUAAGUAAAGUAUGUAGAGUUUAAAAAUGGGUAAAUAAAUUGUUAUAGGGCA